GAGCUUCAGUAUUUAAUAAUCACUAUUUAUUAUGGCCUAUCGGGUCAUCUCAGUUUUUGAAUGCUACCUUUUUUUAUUUUCAGGUCUCAAAGAUCUAGCUGAUUUUCUGCCUGCAUCUACUGCAACAAUCGUAAGCUACUUUUCAGCUGAAGUGACACGUGGUGUUUGGAAACCUGCAUUCAUGAAUGGAACAGAUUGGCCUAGCCCGGCUGCCAAUUUAUCCAUGGUUGAAGAACAUAUCAAGAAAAUUGUAGCUGCUACUGGCGUUGAUGUUCCAAGACUUGCCACAGGAGGAACUACUUUGGGUAGACUUCCAUUGCCACUGGCUGCUUUUGUGAGCCUCACCAUCACAUACAAGCUUGACAAGGCAUCCGAACGUUUCCUUAACCUAGCUGGUCCAGCUUUAGAGAAUCUUGCUGCUAGUUGCCCUUGGCCAAGCAUGGCAAUUGUCGCAGCACUGUGGACUCAAAAGGUCAAGCGAUGGAGUGAUUUUCUAGUCUUUUCAGCAUCACGCACCGUCUUCCACCAUAACAAUGAUGCAGUUGUCCAGCUCCUCCGAAGCUGCUUCACUUCUAUUCUUGGCAUGUCGUCAACAUCAUUAUGCUGUUGCGGAGGUGUUGCUAGCCUUCUGGGUCACGGGUUUGGCUCUCAUUGCUCCGGUGGUCUCUCACCAGUUGCACCAGGAAUUCUCUACCUCCGGAUAUUCCGGUGCAUCAAGGACUGCUCUAUACUUGCAGAAGAUAUACUUUCCCUGCUGAUGCUUUCGGUGAAAGACAUAGCUGAGACAACAGUGUCCAGGCAUGGAUCGGACAAGCUAAAGAGGACCAAGUAUGCAAUGGGACAUGGAAAGAUCUCUCUUGCUACUGCAAUGACACAAGUUAAGGUGGCGGCAUCACUUGGAGCAACACUCGUGUGGUUAUCAGGCGGUACUACCCUUGUCCAGUCUCUGUUUCAAGAGAUGUUGCCCUCUUGGUUCCUUUCUGCGCAGGAUCUGGACCGAGGAGGAGCCAGUGGAGGAACGGUAUACAAGUUGGGUGGCCAUGCACUUGCCUACUUUGCAGUGUACUGUGGGAUGUUCGCAUGGGGCAUCGACCCGACACCAGUGUCCCGGCGUCGAGAGAGGGUUAUGCGGUCGCACCUGGAGUUCCUAGCAAGCGCAUUGGACGGAAAGAUCUCUCUAGGCUGCAACAUGUCCCUGUGGCAAGCCUACGUUUCAGGCUUCCUGGAGCUGGUAGUGGACCGCGCCCCCUGCUUGUUGCAUGAGGUCGACCUCAAGGUGCUCAAGAAGCUUAGCAUUGGGCUUCGGCAGUGGAAAGAGAAGGAGCUUGCCGUGGCCAUCCUUUGCAGGGGUGGACCGGAGGCAAUGGGUGUUGCCGCAGAGUUGAUAUUGGAUAGCGAGUGGUGACUGACUCUGAAGUUGCUGGUAAUUCUUCGUCAUCGAUGUUGCUGACUGUACAUAACCAGACGACGAGCGUGUGUAUGCUUGGUUUCUCUGGAAUGCUGUUGGGUGUUC